CACUUUGAGGGUGAAGAUAAGGUUAAGGAGGGGAUAACAGAACCAAUGGUCACAGCAGCCACACAAUGUCCAUUUAGUCUCACCAGAAUACCGCAAGUUUGGUCUCUGGAAAAAUGAAGAGCUUCACACCAAGGCUCCAAAUUCACACCUUGAUAAGGCACAGCAAUCCCACUAGAAAUCCUUCACUUCUUCAAACAUCAACCCUGAAACACCCAUCUUCAAGAAUUACAGCAUUCUGCAGACAAACAAAUGAAACAACAGGGUUCCCCAGAGAAACCAGUCUUCCAGAUAGGCGACUGAAAUACCCAGAAAUUUCACUUGAAUGGCAAGAAAAAGAAACCCCAAGAAGGGAAUUUUCUAUUCCUGGAGUUUCAUCAAAUGGUAUUGUGAUGGUGGGAGCUGUUUCUGUAGGUUUUUUGCUGCUGUUUAUGGGAAUGGAUGAUCAAAAGGCUCUGGCUUUGGGUCCUGAAGGGCCUCUGGUAGAGGAGUUUUGGGACAAUGUGAGGAGGUAUGCACUUUAUGCUCUCACAGUCAGUACAGGAGCUAUAUAUACCGUCCUCCAGCCUAUAUUGGAGCUGCUGAAGAACCCCAUCUCUGCAAUUCUCAUCUUGGUGAUCAUAGGUGGCGGCAUCUACGUUGUUUCCCAAGUUCUUUCUGCCAUGGUUGGUGUCACUGAUUUUAUUUAUGAUUAUGGUUAUUGAGUUUUCAUUUGAAGAUGUCGACUGUGUCUUGAUUUUUGGUAGAUUUUGCUAAAUUUUCUCCAUCUGCUUAGUACAUGACCCCCUUUGCAGAAUCUUGCUCCUUCCAAUAUCUUCUAACCAUCUUCUCCCUCCCCCUGUGACUGGGCUUGGUUCAAUGUUAUCAUGUUAUGUGUUCUCGGUUUGGGCUUGGCUCUGAUAAGCCCAAAUUAAAUUAGCCCCACAGCA